AUGACAGGCCAUUCUGCAGUAAAGUAUGAAGCCCAGAUUGCCGACAUUCAACACGAUAUUGAAAAUGCCAAAAAGGCAAUGGCAAAUUUAACCAAAGAACAAGUUGGGAAAAAGCAAGUUCAGCUUUCCAAAUCUUAUGAACAGUCGCUACAAAAGCUGAAAGAAGACUACGAUCGGUUACGACAAGUACGCCUGCAGCAGGGUCAAAACUAUACCCAGUUUGACCAAUCUCGGUCCACGGCACGUAAAGAACGUCAAAAAGAUAUACGCGAGCGUCAAAAAGAAUUCGAUGCUCAAUUAGACCAGCAAUAUCACAAAGAUCGCUUAAAGUGGAAGGAACCGACGAUUGACAAGUCAACAGCUUAUGAGCGUUUGUUGCGAGCACUAAGGCACAUUAACCUGCAAGACAUCCAAAACGACCUUUCAGAUACCGAGAAUUUAGCAGAUCAAGAGGCUGUCCGAAUCAUCGGUUCGGCAGAGGAAGAGGAUGGGCUCGACACGUCAGUGAUCAUCAUCCCCACGGGAAUAUUGGAACUCUUCUGGACGGUAGACAUCCCUGCUCCCGCUCAUGUUUCCGAAUUGGCCUCGACCAUUGAACUGAUUGAAAAACGAUACACUUCAGAAAAGUUCCAUAAAUGA